CUUUGACUCUUUCCGACUAUAAUUACUGUCUUUCCUCACUCUUCUGCUUCUCUUUAUUAUACUGGAUAAUUCUCCCAUCCCUCUCACUCAGAAUUCCUUCUCUAAUUGAACAGGCCCUCAUAUAUGUCUAUCCUAUAUAUCACCAUCUCAUUAUACCUGUCUUUCUCUUCUGUCUCUGUAUUCCACUCCAGCUCACUUUCCCUGUCACUGGCAUCUCUCUCAUCUUUCUCUUCCCUCCUUAUAUUCAUUCUGUCAUUUCUUUUUUUAUUCCCCCAUUUCUUUUCUAAGAGCUUUAUCAGAAUAAAGAGUGCCAUUCUUUUAACGUCUUCCUCUUUUCACUCCUCCCUCCAUCUCCCCCUCCUUUCCUGAAACUCUACAGCCAAGCAUAUUACACAUAUAUAGAGAUAUACAGCUCCUAGCAAGGACCAGGCACUUAUCUCCAUUCUCUUGCUGGGCAUUCAUAUCUAUGGACUUUGCCUGCUGCUCUCCUUCUCUUAACUCAUCUUCCCAGCAGGCAUUAACCACUCCUAGCAAAUUGAAUGAGGACAUCUCCCCUAAAAGAACUGGCACCCACAAAUGAAUUAGGAUCUAAAAGAACUUUAAUCAGCAAAAAGACUGUUGUGAUUUUGCCCUGAAGAAAUGCCUUUGAUACAGAUACAAGAUACAAGACCCAAACUGCUGCACUUCACUGCUGCAACCAACUCCUACAGGUAUUAGAUAUGUUAACCCACUCUCCGUCUAUUCACUGUACAUCCCAUAGACAUUUGAGUAUUGCUGCCAGUUGAUCGUUUGAUUAUUUUAAAGAGAAAAAAAUGCUAACGAUGUGGGCAGUACCUGGAAAAUAAGCAAUAAAGAAGGAGGUGUCAGGAUUCUUGCUAAUAAUAUAAAAACAACAUUAUUUCUGCUCUGGACAUUGCUGAUUGAACCCUAAGAGUAUCAGACCUCCUGAUCUUGGAAAAGUUUUUACAGGGGACAGAGAAUAAGGACUAUGGAGCUGGAGAAAGAUGUGCAACCUUUGCCCCCUCGCUAUCGGUUCCGAGACUUGUUCAUAGGUGACUGGCAACAGGAUGACAGGGUCCAUGUGGAAUGUUAUGUAAAUGAAAACUCGUUUAAGGAACGACUAAAAUUAUUUUUUAUAAAGAAUCAGAGAUCAAGUCUGAGAGUCAGAGUCUUUAACUGUUCCCUGAAGUUACUGAGUUGCCUCCUGUAUAUUAUACGGGUCCUUCUUGAUGACCCAAGAGAGAGCAAGGGAGGAUGCUGGGAAUGCACUAAACAGAAUUAUUCUGCACAGCAGAAAUUUGACUGGACCCCAAUAAUUUGGGUGAACAGACCUCUUCCCCUAUGGGGGCUUCAGGUACUAGUGGCGCUAAUUAGCUUUUGGGAGACGAUGCUUCUCACCUACCUUGGAUACAAGGGAAACAUAUGGGAGCAGCUCCUCCGAAUUCCCUUCAUCCUAGAGAUGAUGAACACUCUGCCUUUCUUUGUCACGAUUUUCUGGCCUCCGUUGAGGAAUGUCUUCAUUCCUGUUUUCCUCAAUUGCUGGUUGGCUAAGCACGCGCUGGAGAACAUGAUAAAUGACUUGCAUCGAGCCAUUCAGAGGACCCACUCGGCCAUGUUUAACCAGGUCUUCAUUCUGAUAUGCACCCUCAUCUGCCUCAUGUUCACCUGCAUCUGUGGGAUUCAGCAUCUAGAGAGAGCAGGCAAUAACCUCACCCUCUUUGACUCGCUGUACUUCUGCAUUGUCACCUUCUCCACUGUGGGCUUCGGAGAUGUCACCCCAAAGAUCUGGCCAUCGCAGCUCCUGGUUGUCAUUAUGAUCUGCGUGGCACUCAUUGUGCUGCCCAUCCAGUUUGAGCAGCUCGUCUUCCUAUGGAUGGAAAGACAGAAGUCUGGUGGGAAUUACAGCCGAUACCGGGCUCAGACAGAGAAGCACGUGGUCCUGUGCGUCAGCUCUUUGAAGAUUGACCUGCUUAUGGAUUUCCUCAAUGAAUUCUACGCUCAUCCCCGGCUUCAGGAUCACUAUGUUGUUCUCCUGUGCCCCACCGAGAUGGAUCUGCCGGUGAGACGAGUGCUGCAGAUUCCUCUCUGGUCCCAGCGAGUGAUUUAUCUUCAGGGUUCUGCCCUCAAGGAUCAGGAUCUCAUGAGAGCCAAAAUUGAUGACGCAGAAGCCUGUUUUAUACUCAGCAAUCGUUUCGAGAGAGACCGCAUCGCAGCUGAUCAUCAGACCAUCCUUCGUGCCUGGGCCGUGAAGGACUUUGCACCCAACUGUCCCCUCUACGUCCAGAUACUCAAACCGGAAAACAAGUUUCACAUCAAAUUUGCAGACCAUGUAGUCUGUGAAGAAGAAUUUAAGUACGCCAUGUUGGCUCUGAAUUGUGUCUGCCCAGCGACCUCCACUCUGAUCACUCUGCUCAUCCACACCUCUAGAGGGCAAGACAGCGCCAGUUCCCCGGAUCAGUGGCAGAACACUUAUAGCCGCUGCUCAGCCAAUGAGGUUUAUCACAUCCGACUGAGUGAAAGCAAGUUCUUUGGAGAGUACCAAGGGAAAAGCUUUACUUAUUCAUCCUUUCAUGCCCAUAAAAAGUAUGGGGUCUGUUUGAUUGGUGUCCGUCGGGAUAACAAAACCAGCAUCCUGCUUAAUCCGGGGCCUUGUCAUAUAAUGUCCUCAACGGACACCUGCUUCUACAUAAAUAUCUCAAAGGAAGAGAACUCGGCAUUCAGUUUGAAAGACAACGAAGAAGCAAAGAAAUCGGGGUACCUAAAGUCUAACUACCAUGGCCUGACACGGCUCCCUGUUCAUAGUAUUAUAGCAAGCAUGGGAACAGUGGCCAUGGAUCUCCAAGGGUCCAGAAGCCCAGAAAGUGUCGAUGGAAAUAUGCUGAGCCCACCUGCUGAUAGAACCCAUAAACGGAAACACAGUAUAGAUGCAGUGCCAGAUGUUGUGGAUGGUGACACCAGUACAAAUUUUGACCUCUUGAGCGACCAGUCAGAAGAUGAGACCAGCCAAUCAGAUGAGGAACUGGAUACCUCCAUCAACUUGGUCAAGGGAUACCCAUCAAACACGCCUUAUAUUGGCAGCUCACCCACUCUGUGCCACUUGCUCCAGCAUAAGAGCCCAUAUUGUUGCCUGCGCCUUGACAAGAGCUGCCAACAUUACCCAUUUGAAGAUGCGAGGGCAUAUGGCUUCAAAAAUGCGCUGGUGAUAGUAUCUGCAGAGCAUGCUGGAAACGGGCUGUAUAACUUUAUUGUUCCACUAAGAGCCUACUAUAGAGGAAAGAAGGAGCUCAGCCCCAUCAUCCUGCUGCUGGAGAACCCGCCAGAUGUUCAGUUCCUGGAAGCCAUUUGCUGGUUCCCUCUGAUCUAUUACAUGGUUGGAUCCAUUGAUAAUCUAGAUGACAUGCUGCGUUGUGGGGUCAGUUACGCGGCCCACAUGGUGGUUGUCGGAGAGGAAAGUUCUAUGAUUGCAGAAGAGGACUACAUGGCUGACGCACGCACCAUUGUCAAUGUCCAGACUUUAUUCAGGUUAUUCCCAGGUUUGAACAUCAUCACAGAACUCACGCAUCCAGCAAACAUGAGGUUCAUGCAGUUCAAAGCCAAGGAUAAAUACUCUGUAGUACUCUCGAAGCUGGAGAAGAGGGAACGGGAACGGGGCUCCAACCUGGUCUUCAUGUUCAGACUGCCCUUUGCCGCUGGGAAGGUUUUCAGUGUCAGCAUGUUAGACACCCUCCUUUACCAGUCAUUCGUUAAGGAUUACAUGAUCUCCAUCACACGACUUUUGCUUGGCCUGGAUUCAAAGCCUGGUUCUGGAUUUCUCUGUGCUCUGCGAGUGACAGAAAAUGACCUGUGGAUCCGUUGUUACGGGCGGUUGUAUCAGAAGCUGUGUUCCACUACAGGGGACAUUCCCAUCGGUAUAUACCGUACUGAGACACACUUACUGCCUGCCUCUGAGUCUCAGGUUUCAAUCAGUGUUGAGGAUUAUGAAGAUACAAGAGAGACUCGUUGGGGAGACCCUAACCAGGGGCGACCUCUUCACCGGAACUCAACCUCCAGUGACCAAUCAGAACACCCCCUGCUGCGCAGAAAGAGCAUGCAGUGGGCCAGGAGGCUAAGCCGCAAAGGAGCAAGGCAACCUGGGAAAUCGGCUUCGGAAAGAAUCAGCCAGCAGCGAAUGAGUCUGUAUCGACGAUCAGAACGGCAGGAACUCAAUGCACUCGUCAAGACCAGGAUGAAGCAUUUGGGGCUCUCAGCUGCUGAGUACAGUAUGAAACAGAUGGACAGUAUGGACAUUGGCAGCACAUUGUCCUAUAUCCUAAUAAACCCUUCUCCAGAUACCAAACUGGAACUUAAUGAUGUCAUUUACCUCAUCCGACCAGACCCUCUUACUCUAGUGUCUAUGAAGUCGCGCAAAGCUAGCGUUACACGCUCGGAAGGCACGGCAUAUGAAAUGAAAGACAGCACCCAUCUGUAAUCUCAAAUCUUGCGUGAUAACGGUACGAGAUACUGGAAGGGAAGGACAAGAAAAGGUCACGGUGUGGGGACAUUGUCUCUCUUGGGUCUGACAGUGAAAAUGUAUAGUGGCUUAGCUGAGACAUCCUGAUAACAUGGAAGGAACCUGUUGAUCUCAACUCUACCCUGUCAAUACCCUUUGUCCUGCUCUGAGGCUUCUCAGACAUGCAGGUGGUUCCUGCUCUUUGUAUCCCCUGGCCUAUAUAACAAAUGACUAGAUGAAUGUAUUAAAAGAAGGGAGAUGAUUUGCCAGCCUCAAUACCCCCUCAGUUUGCGAAUUGAGGGCCCAGGUGUUAUGCUUCUCGAUUAUUCUAAGAAGUUAUAGGCUGCUGGGCCAGCUACUGCCUUGUAGCCUUCAAGGAGAAACUAGGGUGUAGCCAUGAUAACUCCUUCUGGAAAAUAAGUCACAAACAGAUAAGUCCAUAGACUUUAUAAAACAAAUAUGUUUGCGACAUGGAGCCAAUCAAAAAGCAAGAUUUAUUCUAUAGGGUUUCCAUAUGUUUCUGCACACUUCAGGCUUCUUCCUCCAUCAUUCAUCCAGAACCACAUUGAAGAAGUAGUUGCUAUUGUUGAGGAGGAGCGGUCUACUGAAAGGGCUCAGAUGGACGUGCUUGUUGGAAAGCCCUUGUGAUGAUGUUGUGAAAUGGUCUUGGCUAGUAUCACAAUGCAGUCAUCACUUUGGUUGAUGACCAUAGACCAGCAAUAAACAUCAGCACUCUAGCAUUUCUUGAGAGACAGGCAAGUAUCUCUUUGCAUGUCUCUGAGGACUUUUUUUGAGCUGAAUUUGCCACGGUUUCUACACAGUAGCAUUCACCAGCAAACCAGAGAACCAAAGCUUCAUCUCCAAACUCAGAAAAGUAGAGGGACCUUGAGGCUUAGGGCUCCUUAUCUUGUAUUCAGAUUAGACGAGAAACAUCUCCAGUUUCCAAGCUUGGAUUGUCCAUUCAGUGUUAGAGAUGAUAUUGACUAGAUGCUCAGCCAUCAUACCAAAGUCAAGGUAACCCCAUAGGGUGGCCCUAACUCCUAUUUACCUCUGGUCAUAAUUCUCAUAGGCUUGCACCUUCCUACUUGGUUGCAUUGUCUGGGGUAAAGUAUCUCCUGACCAAAGCAUUGAUCGCACAGGCUGAUUCUUCCUACUGUAGCUCAGACUUCUCCAUGACCAACACCAAUUAAAGUACACAAUUAAAAGGAAAGGGAUUUGGGGUGGAUAUAUUUGAUAGCUGACAACCACCAAAAUCUGAAAUCUGAAACCCAUCCUCCAAACGAAUGUUGGUCUUUGAGAUACACAGGUACAAUCAUGGUACAGUAUCGUUUAUAUGACCAUGCCAUGGUUUGGUGGGCAUCGUUUGUGUUCAUUGUAUAAGUGGAAAUCUGUUUGUAUCUGUACAUGAUGAGAAUCCUGUGUGUUUUAAUUCUAGUUUUAUGUUUUGAGUCCUGAUGUGCAACUUUUGAGCUAAUUAAGUUGUCUGUUGUGUCCAGUCUUCUACAUUCCAUUUGUCUGGUAGGGGUGAUAGGCUUGGAAGCUCUGUAUUCAGCUCUGUGCUACUUGUUAGACACACCAGGUGCAGCUGAUAACCCUUUGGAAGUAAGAAGUAACAUAUUUUGCCAUUAAAUCUUUGUGAAAUAAAGAAUUUGC